UUCAACAAAAGAAAACCCAAGAGAGAGAGAGAGAGAGAAUUUCAAGUCAGAACUGCCACACAAUUCCAAAAUUUCCUUACUGACAUAUAUAGUACUCCUAAUGUUUCACCCUGCCAACUAACACAACAUGCCAAGCAAUCUUUGCCUGUUCAUAUACUUUACUAAAUCCCCAAUCCCAAGAAACUCUUCAGUUUUCAGCAUAUGGAAUGGCAUGAUCUAUUUUAAUGGAAUGAUUUGUUUGUUUUGCAUUCUAAUGGGUUGAUGCUCUUUCUAUUCUAAUAGUAAUAUGAUGAACUGCAAGAAAUACAAACAUCAUGGAGCUCGAAAUCUCAAAACAAGUGUCACAGAUGCUCUCUAUUAACGUAAAUCUAAUCUAAAUGAGCAGUUCUUAGGUUAAUAAUGCAAUGAGAAAUGAGCAAUGGGAAUGGAAUAAGGUGGUUCAAGAGUUUUAAGUCAGUUGGAGAAGCCAACAAAAUUGAAAAAAAUUGACCCCUCAAAAGUGCAAGCAGACAUAAUCCUGGCCCAACCACCAUAAAUCAACUAGACCAGCCAACAUUUUCAAACACAAAGCCCGCCACUUUCUCUUUUUCUCUUCUCUUUCUUACUUUCUAUCAUAACCCAUUCAAAUUUUUCUUCUUCACUUUGUUUUCUGUAAUUGCUUUACCAGGAAAAAGAAAAAGAAAAACGAAGAAUCCCCCCUUAGUGGAAAUCCCAAUUUCAACACAACCCCUCUUAACUUAGAUUUCCUUUUACUCAUUUUCCUAAGCAUUACUGACCUGAAAUCAGCAUGAAGUUGUUGCCUUCUCCUUCUUGCUCCUCCUCUUCUUCCUUCUCCACUUCCACUUUCGAUGCCAAUGUCUGCAACCCCAGAGCUACACCCAGCUGCCUUUCGGGAAUUCUCCGUCGAAUUCUCUGCUCCGGCAGCCUCCCGACGCACCCGUCUGACCAGAUCAUGGAAGAAGCUAACUCAGUGAAGUCUGAUAGUGACAAGGUUCUUCAAGUCAAGGAUGUGAGUGCCAUCAAGGCAACAAAUGAGGGCAAGCCCAGUGCUGGAAUUGUGGCGAGGUUGAUGGGUUUGGAUCCCAUGCCAGAGAUGAAGCUGAAUCAGAAUUUGAUAUCAAGGAGCCAAUCCAUGAACUCAUUGGAGCAUUUCUACAAACACUUGGAGGGCAAGCAUCAGCGGAUCAGAUCAACGCUCUCAUUCAGGGAAAUCCCAACCUUUCUUGAGCUUGAAAAUGAGGAUUACUUCAUCCUUAGCUUUGAGGGAGAAAGCAGAAGCAAAGAAUUCAGACCCAAAGAAAGAAGAAGAAGCGAAAGGAGGAGUGGAGAAUUCAAGCAAAGAAAGGAAGAGGAAGAGAGAUGUAAGAACGGGGGAAGCAACAAAACAGAGCAGCUUUCAGCGAGCAAAACGAAGAAGAAGAAGACACUGGAUCCAGAAGAAGCCAAAGAGUUUGUUCUAAUAGAUUUGAAAGAACAGAAGAAAUCAAGAAGGAGAGUCUCCAAUAAACGUACCUCCAAAAUUUCAACGAAGGAGCACCGCCAUGGGAGACUCCGAGGCGGAGGAUCAGUACCUGAAAGAGUCACCAAUGGCAGAAAAGCAACCAGAAGAGUAGAAUCAGACUGCAGUUCCGACGAAUCAAGCCCGGUUUCAGUUCUCGAUUGCAGUCAAUUCCUCAGAGAUUCCGGAGCCCCAUCAUCAGGAGACGCCGCUUCAAGCUCCUCCCCCACACACCCGAGAAGGAAACUAUCGCCGGAGCUCGAAAUUUCUCAGAGCCCAUCUCCUCGAAACGACGAUGAUUUGAUAAUCAACGAAGUAAAAAUUGCGAAGGCGAAAGGGGGCGGCGAUGGAACGCAGCAAGAAAGAUGGGAAGAAGAGAUUUGCAGGAUGACUGAGACUGAAUUGGCCGAGUCAAAUUGGAAAUUCAGCAAAAUUUGUGAAGAACACGAAGAUUUUGGAGGUAUAAUUGAAGGCUUUGACUCGUAUAUUCUUCAAGGAUUGAUUGAGGAGUUUGUAGAACAAUUGAAUGAUCUUCGACCAAAGAUCAUCACAUGAACUAACACGUAAAUUUCGAAUUAUAGUUACUAAAUUUACCAGAAAUUGAAACAGAAUCAAGAGGAUGGAAGAGAAAUCCGGUUCUAAUUUCAAACUUACUGUUGCAAUUUGAAUUUGAAUUUGAAUUCACGAUUCGUGAAGAACAGGGAAUAUCUGUUCUUUGAAUUUUCCUUCGAAGU